AUGGCUGUGCAGGGUGCAGGUCUUGGGGAAGAGGCUCCUUGGAAGAAGAUGUCUAAAGAGGAGCUGGAGAUUCAGUACAGCCCUAGUAGAUGGGUCGUCCGGCUGGGAGCGGAGGAGGCCCUGAGGACCUACUCACAGACGGGAACCCAGGCUACCACUCAGGCCCGGGCCACCCGGAGAAGCCUGCUGCACGUGCCCUAUGGUGAUGGAGACGGGGAGAAACUCGACAUCUACUUUCCUGAUGGAGUUUCGGAAGCCCCGAUCUUCUUUGUGUUUGUUCAUGGAGGAUACUGGCAGAGUGGGAGUAAAAACACAUCAGCCUUCAUGGUGGACCCUCUGACCACACAGGGCAUGGCUGUGGCGGUUGUGGGUUACGACAUUGCACCCAGAGGAACCCUGGACCUGAUGAUAGACCAGGUGACCCGGAGUGUUGCCUUUCUCCAGAAGCAGUAUCCUAGCAACCAGGGGAUUUACCUGUGUGGACACUCGGCGGGGGCCCACCUGGCCGCCAUGAUGCUCCUGACCAACUGGACCGAGCACAGAGUUGUACCCAACCUCAAAGGCUUGUUCCUGCUCAGCGGGAUCUACGACCUGGAGCCCAUCCUGCACACCUCCGAGAACGACGCUCUCCUCCUGACACUGGAGGAUGCUCAGAGGAACAGCCCACAGCUGCGUCUGCAGGCAGCCCGGGUGCCACCCGCAGCCGCCCUCCGCACGCUGGUGAUCGUGGGCCAGCACGACUCCCCUGAAUUCCAGCGGCAGUCCCGGGAGUUUCUCCAGGUGCUGUGCCGAGCAGGGUGGCAGGCCACGUUUGAAGAGCUCCCCGAUGUGGACCACUUUGAGAUAAUCGAGAAUCUAACCCAAAAGGAUUAUGUGCUCACCCAGAUUAUUCUUAGGACAGUAUUUCAGGAGUUCUGA